GUGAAAGGAGAUAUAUUCAAAGAGAAGGAUCUCACCUAAGGCAAGAGCACUGGUCCUCCAUUCCUCCGUUUAAUGGCAAGUAGCAUCCCAUCACUGGCAUAUCUGGUCACAGUUCUCAACAGACAAUAAUUGUUCAACCAGGAAUUAUCGCAGAGAAGACAAGAAACUGAAGUCACCUCAGCUGAUGACCUGGUAAAGAGCCCAUCAAGAAAUCCACUGAGGCUAUAGGAAUAAAUGUGCAGGAGAUGGAGAAGGGGGCUUCUUUUGGACUUUGCCAUUUAUGUAUCCUCUUGGUAACAUUUAUGGCGAUUUUCCCUUGUUCGCAAGGAAACUGGAUGUGGUUGGGUGUCACAUCUUUUGGGGUCCCAGAGAAGCUAGGCUGCAGCAACCUCCCUCUAAGCAUGCAGCAAAAGGACAUGUGUAAAAAGAAGCCAUAUUUGUUGUCCAGCAUCCGUGAGGGAGCCAGGCUGGGAAUUCAAGAGUGCAGAAACCAGUUCAAACAUGAAAGGUGGAACUGCUCUAUUUUACCAUCUUUAUACACCUCCAGUCCUUCAUUUUCAAUUUCUUUCUUAUCAUCAUCAUCAUUAGCAUCAGCUCAUUCAAUCUUCAGCUAUGAACUGAGCAGCGGUACCAAAGAAACAGCGUUCAUCUCUGCAGUGACAGCAGCGGGCCUGGUGCACACAGUGACAAGAGCAUGCAGUGCUGGGAAUAUGACCGAAUGCUCCUGUGACACAAGCCUUCAAAACGGAGGCUCAGCCAGUGAAGGCUGGCACUGGGGGGGCUGCUCAGAUGAUCUUCAGUACGGAAUGUGGUUCAGCAGGAAAUUCCUUGAUGCCCCCUACAAAAAUACAACUGGAAAGGAAUCAGAUAUUCUUAGUGCAAUGCACUUACAUAACAAUGAAGCUGGCAGGAUGGCUGUGGCUAAGCUCAUGACUGUGGACUGUCGCUGCCACGGAGUCUCUGGUUCCUGUGCUGUAAAAACCUGUUGGAAAUCUAUGUCUUCAUUUGAAAAGAUUGGCAGUUACCUAAAAGACAAAUAUGAAAACAGCAUCCAGAUAUCGGACAGAAUGAAGCGCAAGGUCCGUAGGAAAGAGAAAAAUCAUCGUAAGAUUCCUGUCAGAAAAGAAGAUCUUGUGUACUCAAACAGAUCCCCAAAUUAUUGUGUGGAAGAUCAGAAACUAGGAAUAUCUGGGACACAUGGGCGGGAAUGUAACCGCACCUCUGAGGGACCAGAUGGUUGCAACCUGCUCUGCUGUGGGAGGGGUUAUAACACACAUGUGAUCAGACAUGUAGAAAGAUGCGAGUGUAAAUUUGUGUGGUGCUGCUAUGUGCGCUGCAGGCGGUGUGAGAGCAUGACUGAUGUCCACACAUGCAAAUAGGUUCUAUGACAGACAACAGCUCAUGGAUGAAUACAACACAUAUCUCACUGCUAGGAAAUGUUCCAGAGGAGAACAAAGAAAAUCCAGAUUAGACUAAACAAAUGAUCAUAAAAAUUAUCCCUCCUACAUGCCAAAUAGCUACCAUGUGUCCCACCUUUCCAGGCACAGUCCCAAGUGUUUAAGAGUUCUUUCCAAAGUACAUCUCUGAAUGUUGAUGUUUAAGUGCACAGUUCUAUUCUCAGUUAUUUAAUGAAAUAACAGUAAUAUGUACUCUUAUGAUAUUCUGUUACUAUCAUUUUCAGUAGUAAGGGCAUGUUGGAUAUAUUGUCUACAUAGACUCAUGCAGAGUGUCAUAAAAACUGUAAAUAUGGUUGAAUACCUGUGAUACAAUACAUCUGCGAUCUUGUAUGCAGAAAACAUGGCACCAGCAUCUCAGCUACCGUGGCCAUUCUGUGUGACCAUAGACUCAACCAGAUGCACAGCCAUCUUAAUGUAUGGACACACUGGGCAGCUACCCACAGCCCCAUAAUUCUAAGGGACUUUAUGCAGGGGCGAGUAGGACUGGUGGGUAAAUGCUCCC